GCAUGAUUUUACUAGAUGUCCAGUCAACCUGACUACUGACCCCAGUGACCCUAUUCCAACCCUAACCGCUUGUGCCCACUGACCCACAUUGCUCUGUUAAUUGACAGUGCAACGAAUUUUGAAAGUCUGUGUGUACUUUAAAUCGGUUCACCUCCUGCUGUUUUGCUUGGUUUAUUUUGUGUUCUGAGAGGGAAAAUAUCAGAAACCGCUGACACAGGUGCAGGGCAAGUGGAGGUAGUAGUUAAGGAUGAGGCCCAAGCCUCACCCUCAACUCCACCUCCCCCUCCUCUGACCCCUGCGCAGCGGCGCAAGAAGGAGAUACAAGAGAAACUGCGAGAGCAACAGGCGAUGCUCGCAGAGGCAGACAGACAAGAGGCUGCAAAGUUGGAAGCUGCAACAGAUGCUUCCAGGAAAGAGCAUCUGCUGCAGCAGGCUCAAAAGACUUUUGCGGAUGUCAGAGUGGCCCAGUGUACAAGGGAUCUGGCUGAGCUGGUACUUUUGCAGGACAAACUUACACCUAGCCAUUUCACAAACUGGGAUGAGAGGAUCCAGCAGCUGGAGACCCGAGUGGCUGAUUUGGGAACUCAGCAGUCAAAGAUCCUGGAUGGCAUCCAGAAUCUGACUGCUCAGUUAACAGCAGCCAACGUCAUCAGCCCCCUGGUCCCUGUGGUCCCCUCUCUAAAGCCCAAGAACCCUUCUCAGCCCCCUUCUCCACCUCCUUCUCCACCUCUUGGGUCUCCUCAUUCUUCUCGCAAGGCUUCUCCCUCUGUCUCCUCCCAGGCCAAAGCCACACCUCCUCCCACCAUUGCUGCUGUUGUUGCUGAGGACCACAAAGGUCCCAAGAUCCUUGCCCCCAACAAAUUCAAGGGGGAUGACCCCAAGAUUGAUGUGGGGGACUGGGCAGCUGGAACCCGGGCCUAUCUGAAGGGGUUCCAGUGCCCAGAGCAGCAAAAGGUGGCCACCGUUGUGGGGCUGCUGGAGGGGCCUGCCCAGAAAUGGGCUACCUCUACAGCAAGUGCCCAGAGUUAGACUUUGGAGGACUGGGCAUUGACACUGGGGCCUGACAAACUUUUACAGUCCCUGAAAGAUAGGUUUGCAGACAAAGAGAGAGUCCGCAAAGCUGCUAAUAAAAUAGUACGCCUGGG